AUGUCUCGCCGCAAGCAAGGCAAACCCCAGCACUUAAGCAAACGGGAAUUCUCGCCCGAACCUCUUGAAGCCAUUCUUACAGAUGAUGAACCAGACCACGGCCCUUUGGGAGCUCCAGAAGGGGACCAUGACCUCCUCACGUGUGGGCAGUGCCAGAUGAACUUCCCAUUGGGGGACAUUCUUAUUUUUAUCGAGCACAAACGGAAACAAUGCAAUGGCAGCCUCUGCUUAGAAAAAGCUGUGGAUAAGCCACCUUCCCCUUCACCAAUCGAGAUGAAAAAAGCAUCCAAUCCCGUGGAGGUUGGCAUCCAGGUCACGCCAGAGGAUGACGAUUGUUUAUCAACGUCAUCUAGAGGAAUUUGCCCCAAACAGGAACACAUAGCAGAUAAACUUCUGCACUGGAGGGGCCUCUCCUCCCCUCGUUCUACACACGGAGCUCUAAUCCCCACGCCCGGGAUGAGUGCAGAAUAUGCCCCGCAGGGUAUUUGUAAAGAUGAGCCCAGCAGCUACACAUGUACAACUUGCAAACAGCCAUUCACCAGUGCAUGGUUUCUCUUGCAACACGCACAGAACACUCAUGGAUUAAGAAUCUACUUAGAAAGCGAACACGGAAGUCCCCUGACCCCGCGGGUUGGUAUCCCUUCAGGACUAGGUGCAGAAUGUCCUUCCCAGCCACCUCUCCAUGGGAUUCAUAUUGCAGACAAUAACCCCUUUAACCUGCUAAGAAUACCAGGAUCAGUAUCCAGAGAGGCUUCCGGCCUGGCAGAAGGGCGCUUUCCACCCACUCCCCCCCUGUUUAGUCCACCACCGAGACAUCACUUGGACCCCCACCGCAUAGAGCGCCUGGGGGCGGAAGAGAUGGCCCUGGCCACCCAUCACCCGAGUGCCUUUGACAGGGUGCUGCGGUUGAAUCCAAUGGCUAUGGAGCCUCCCGCCAUGGAUUUCUCUAGGAGACUUAGAGAGCUGGCAGGGAACACGUCUAGCCCACCGCUGUCCCCAGGCCGGCCCAGCCCUAUGCAAAGGUUACUGCAACCAUUCCAGCCAGGUAGCAAGCCGCCCUUCCUGGCGACGCCCCCACUCCCUCCUCUGCAAUCCGCCCCUCCUCCCUCCCAGCCCCCGGUCAAGUCCAAGUCAUGCGAGUUCUGCGGCAAGACGUUCAAAUUUCAGAGCAACCUGGUGGUGCAUCGGCGCAGCCACACGGGCGAGAAGCCCUACAAGUGCAACCUGUGCGACCACGCGUGCACACAGGCCAGCAAGCUGAAGCGCCACAUGAAGACGCACAUGCACAAGUCGUCCCCCAUGACGGUCAAGUCCGACGACGGCCUCUCCACCGCCAGCUCCCCGGAACCCGGCACCAGCGACCUGGUGGGCAGCGCCAGCAGCGCGCUCAAGUCCGUGGUGGCCAAGUUCAAGAGCGAGAACGACCCCAACUUGAUCCCGGAGAAUGGGGACGAGGAGGAAGAGGAGGACGACGAGGAAGAGGAAGAAGAGGAGGAAGAGGAGGAGGAGGAGCUGACGGAGAGCGAGAGGGUGGACUACGGCUUCGGGCUGAGCCUGGAGGCGGCGCGCCACCACGAGAACAGCUCGCGGGGCGCGGUGGUGGGCGUGGGCGACGAGGGCCGUGCCCUGCCCGACGUCAUGCAGGGCAUGGUGCUCAGCUCCAUGCAGCACUUCAGCGAGGCCUUCCACCAGGUCCUGGGCGAGAAGCAUAAGCGCGGCCACCUGGCCGAGGCCGAGGGCCACAGGGACACAUGCGACGAAGACUCGGUGGCCGGCGAGUCGGACCGCAUAGACGAUGGCACUGUUAACGGCCGCGGCUGCUCCCCGGGCGAGUCGGCCUCGGGGGGCCUGUCCAAAAAGCUGCUGCUGGGCAGCCCCAGCUCGCUGAGCCCCUUCUCCAAGCGCAUCAAGCUCGAGAAGGAGUUCGACCUGCCCCCGGCCGCGAUGCCCAACACGGAGAAUGUGUACUCGCAGUGGCUCGCCGGCUACGCGGCCUCCAGGCAGCUCAAAGAUCCCUUCCUUAGCUUCGGAGACUCCAGACAAUCGCCUUUCGCCUCCUCAUCGGAGCACUCCUCGGAGAACGGAAGCUUGCGCUUCUCCACGCCGCCCGGGGAGCUGGACGGAGGGAUCUCGGGGCGCAGCGGCACGGGAAGUGGAGGGAGCACGCCCCAUAUUAGUGGUCCGGGCCCGGGCAGGCCCAGCUCAAAAGAGGGCAGACGCAGCGACACUUGUGAGUACUGUGGGAAAGUCUUCAAGAACUGUAGCAAUCUCACUGUCCACAGGAGAAGCCACACGGGCGAAAGGCCUUAUAAAUGCGAGCUGUGCAACUAUGCCUGUGCCCAGAGUAGCAAGCUCACCAGGCACAUGAAAACGCAUGGCCAGGUGGGGAAGGACGUUUACAAAUGUGAAAUUUGUAAGAUGCCUUUUAGCGUGUACAGUACCCUGGAGAAACACAUGAAAAAAUGGCACAGUGAUCGAGUGUUGAAUAAUGAUAUAAAAACUGAAUAG